AAUCGUAUCCGCAGACCGCUGUUCCAUGUGCGAUGAGAAAUCCGCCGUGUUUCGAUAUGAUGUAAUUUUGGCAAUUUCCAUGUUCUAGUCGUGUGUUGAAGCAAACCAUGUUGCGGAAUUCACUUGCUCACUUGAAAGGCUUUCAAGCCAGCUUGAGAUUGAAACGAUGGUGCCACUCAUCAGCAGUGGAACGCGCUUUGAAAUUCAGAGUCGGCGAGAAGAUUGGGGAGUUCGAGGUUCGCCAGGUCGAAGAAGUAGCAGAACUUCAUUUGGCUGCAGUACGAUUCACACAUGACAAGACUGGAUCAGACUUUCUUCAUCUGGCUCGUGAUGAUCGGAAUAAUUUGUUCAGUGUUGCAUUUCCUACAAUUCCUCAGGACAGCACUGGAGUUGCCCACAUCUUGGAACACUUGUCUUUGUGUGGUUCAGAUAGGUUUCCUUGUAGAGACCCUUUCAGUAAAAUGCUUAAUAGGUCUUUAGCCACGUUCAUGAAUGCAAUGACAGGAUGCGAUGUAACGUUUUACCCAUUUUCAACUCAAAACCAAAAGGAUUAUCAAAACCUCCUUCGUGUCUACUUGGAUGCCGUGUUUUUCCCACGACUCUUGAGGCUAGACUUUAUGCAAGAGGGAUGGCGGUUUGAGCACAUGGAUGUCAAUGACAAGACAUCCCCAAUUACAAUUAAGGGAGUAGUCUACAACGAGAUGAAGGGUGUAUUUUCCAAUUCAAGCUAUCACUUCAUCCAGUCUGUGAUCAAUAAUCUCUACCCAAGUGGUGUCUACAGUCACUGCAGUGGAGGCCAUCCACAGUGUAUUCCAGACUUGACUUGGGACCAUUUGAAGGAAUUCCACAGGACCCACUACCACCCAAGCAAUGCUAGAUUUCUGACAUAUGGAGACUUUCCUGUUGAGCACACUUUGAAUCUUAUUGAGGAACUUGCCCUAUGUAAAUUUUCAUCAAUUGGAAAGGUCUGUAAUGUUCCUGCUGAACCAAAAUGGACACAGCCGAGGAAAGCCAACAUCACUUGUGCAGUUGAUCCACUGGCAGCAAAUCCUGAGAAGCAAACAACUGUCUCCUUGACUUACGCAUUGAAUGACACAACAGAUAUCCAUGAAUCGUUUGUGCUGUCCAUCCUGGGCUACCUUCUUGUUAAUGGGCCGAACUCUCCUUUCUACAAGAAUCUUCUGGAGUCCGGGAUAGGAGCAGAUUUUUCCCCUUUUCUCGGCUACGACGGGGAUUUGAAGCAGGCCAUGUUCUCUGUUGGCCUUCAUGGUGUCAAAGCAGAUGAUGUUGAACAAGUAACAGACAUUGUACAGAAGACAUUUGAUGAAGUAAUUAGGGAUGGGUUCCCAGAAGAACGCAUAGAAGCAGCACUGCACACAAUUGAACUCGGACUUAAACAUCAGUCGACCAAUUUUGGCAUGGCUCUCAAUUAUGCACUUGUGAACAUAUGGAACCAUGAUGGUAACCCCAUUGAACAGCUGCAAGUAAACAAACAGAUCGCUUGGUUUAAAGAGCAGCUGAAGCAGAAUCCCCAAUUCUUGCAACAGAUGGUAGAAAAGUAUUUCAAGGGGAAUGCUCAUGUUUUAACAACAGUGAUGUCUCCAGACUGUGAGCAUGAAAACAGGGUAAAAGGUCAAGAACAAGAAAACAUUAAAAAACGUUUGUCCGCAUUGAGUGAUGAUCAAGUGACUGCUGUAUAUGUUGAUGGUCUUGAGCUGUUCAAGAGACAGUCUGAGAAGGAUGAUGAGAGCUGCCUACCCCUGCUUCAUCUUAGUGACGUUUCCCCACAAAUUACACCAACAACUUUAAAUCGUUUCAAGAUUGGUAACACGCCUGUGCAAAGUACAGUACAGCCGACAAAUGGUGUGACGUACUUCCGCAUCGUCCUCAAUGCGUCUCACCUUCCACCAGAAAUGAAACGCAUGCUUCCACUUUUCUGUGAAGUGGCAACAAAAAUGAGCACACUUGACAAAGACUAUAGGACCCUGUCUCAAGAAGCAGAACUUAAGACUGGUGGCUUAAAUGCGUCUGUUCAUCUUGUGGACCACCCGUUGACACCAAAUACAUUUGAGCAAGGUGUUCUGCUGUCAUCACAUUGUUUGGAGUCUAAUACUGAAGCCAUGUUCUCUUUGUGGAAAGACAUUUUUCUCAGGUUGAGUAUGGAGGAUGAAGAACGCCUUUCACAGCUCAUACAGAUGUGCGCUGCGGGGCUGGCUCAAAAUCUGCCAGAUUCUGGUCACCGCUAUGCCAUGACGCAGGCUGGAAAUUUUGUUGCCCCUUCUGGACGGAUUAGAGAAGAAUACUUUGGAAUUUCAAAUAUACAGCAAAUGAAAACUCUUGCUGAGGCUCCAAGUAGGAAGUUUCUACUGCCGCAGCUGAAGAACUUGGCACAAAAUUUGCUAUGCAACAAUUCUAUGCGGUGUUCAGUCAAUGCCAGUUCAUCAGGAAUGCCACUAGCUGAGAAGCACCUUGACAAAUUCUUGUCUGACCUGCCAAUGAAAUCCUCUGCACCUUGUCCAUCAUUCAUUGAGGAACCUGACUUUUAUGCCAAGGAAAGGAAGAUCCAUUUGGUGUUCCCAUUUACUGUAAACUACUGCGCAAAAGCCUUUGGUUCUGUGCCUUACACAGAUCCUGAUUAUGCAAGGUUGUCUGUUGCUUCACAGCUCCUGUCACGCAAGUUCCUUUUCAGAGAAGUCAGAGAGAAAGGUGGUGCCUAUGGGGCAGGAGCAACAGUUACACCAGGUGGUACAUUCAGCUUCUACUCCUACAGGGAUCCCAACCUGGAGGGAACCCUUGAUGCCUUUUCCAAUGCUGCUUCAUGGCUUCAAAAGGGCGAGUUUUCUGAAAGAGACUUGGAAGAAGCAAAGUUGUCUUGCUUUGCACAAGUUGACAGUCCUGUGGCACCAGGGAACAAAGGCUUAAGGGCUUUCCUUGCUGGAAUUACUGAUGAAAUGAAGCAACAGCACAGGCAGCGCCUCUUCACAGCAACAAAAGAUGAUGUCAUCUCUGCUGCAAUGAGGAAUAUCAGUGAAGAAAACGUCUCCAGUUGUGCAGUCAUCGGACCUGAAAAUGAGUUCACAGAAACGGGAUCUCAUUGGAUGGUUCAUAGAGAUGGUUGCACCAAUGCUGGCAGUGCAGAUGCUAGCUCCUUAUUUGCUGUAAGCAAAGAGAGUGAACACACAGUGCCUCAGAAGCCAAAAACAACUAGUCCAUCACGAUUCUACCUGAAGCUUAGGGGCCUUCCUUGGAAUGCUACGGAGAAAGAUAUCUACGAGCUUUUCAGAAAAGUUGGGAUUCAUCUUCAAAACCACAAGAAUGGGAUACUCCUGGUCAAGAAACGCGGACGCCUUUCAGGCGAAGCGUUUGUUGAGGUCUGCUCUAAAGAAGACUGGCAGAAAGCACUUUCUCACAACUGGCACGACCAUACCAUGGGUCAUCGUUAUAUUGAGGUGUUUGCCACUAGUGCCAAUGUCAUACGCCACUUCCUUCUUGCCUUUUUUGACCGAAGACAGCAUUCGGUCACCUCAGACCCGCGUUCCAGCGUCGUUUCCGUCCGUGGCUUACCACAGAGCUGUACUGAAAGUGACCUUCGCAGUUUCUUCGAAGGCAGUUCCGUGCAAGACCUUUGCCUGAACCGCAACUCAGGUGGUAAAUGCUUGGGAAGUGCAUUCAUAAAGUUUGCUUCGCCACGAGACGCGGAGGCUGCUCUAUCCAAGAACGGGACGAACAUGGGAACACGCUACGUUGAGGUCUUUCCAAGCUCCGAGAAGAAGAUGAAAGCAAUCGGAAAGGGUGAGCUCCCUCCGCUGUCGCGAUGCGAAGCGAUCAUGCAAAGCAAGAGAGCACCCGAAGCGGAAAAGGUGAAAGUACGGGAACUGCGGCAGGUGACAGCGGAUGAUGCGAGAAGGGUACUCGAAAGUCGCGGGCACAGGAUAUCGGCAAAGGGUAUUCCCGCAGCGAAGGGGUACAGGGAAGUUGUCAACUUCUUCUGGCCCGCAAAAGUAAGGAACGUGCUCGCCGUCGCGAGAAGUGACGGGAAAGGAAGCGGGAGCCUCAUCAUUGAGUUCGAGAGUCACGAGGAUGCUCUCGGAGCUCUUAAAAAGAACGGAGCUGUCACAGAACGUGGGUAUAUCGACAUGGAGCUCUACUCCAGCCCAGAACGGGAGGCACAGACAGUGGCAGAGUGAUGAGCUUUCUUUCUGCAGGGUGUGACCUCCACCUCUCCAUCUUCUAGUGCUUUUUUCAUAUUGUACAUAGAAUAGGUACUGUUAAAGUAAGGUGAUAAUAAAUGGCGUUUCACAACAUUUUGUAGUGGAACAAAAAAUGGCA